CUGCACUCCCAUGUCUUCCCCCACCUUUGUGCCGAGUCCUUCCCUCCCCCUGCGCACUGUGCUGUAGGACGAGACCCGGGACUUGUGAGGAAGGAUGAACUCUCACUUUUGAGGUGCCAGGCGGUGUGAGGACACCUGUGUUUUCUGAGGUACACUCCAUUGGCAUGUGAGUGCCUGGCACAGAGGACGCAAUGCCAAUAGGUCGGCGGGGGGCCGACUCCUGGUACUCUCACCAAUCGGCUGUUGAAGAGAACACGGCACGGUGUGAAGUGAAUGGGGCUGAGCUGCAGUGGACGGCAGUGUGCUUGGCACAGCUGGCACAGGCCUUGUAUGACAAUGCUGCUGAGAGUCCGGAAGAGCUUAGCUUUCAUCGAGGUGACGUGAUGCUGGUUCUCGAAAAAGACCCUCCAGCCCUCAGUGGAUGGUGGCGUUGCUCGCUUAGGGGGAAGCAAGGAAUUGCUCCUGGAAACAGACUGCGGCUUCUCCCAGAGUCAGAAUUACCAGAAAAUGAAUACCAAGCACCUCGGCUUCUAGGAGCUACUGUUGUGACCUCAAAUCCACAAAAGCCUGAAGACAAACGAAAUACUUGCAAAGACGAACAGGCCCCAUCGUGCACAGAGGUAUAUCAAGUACCACCGAUUGCACGCCUUUGUAUUUCACCACCUACAUCUGAAGAUGACAUCUACAACUCUCCACGUCAGGUGGAGAUGCCUCAGCUCUGUCCACAAGAGGUUUACGAUAUGCCAUCAUCAUUGCUGAAAGAUACACAAUCAAUGUAUGAUAGCCCUGUGUUGCGCCUAAAAGAAGUAAAAGAUGAGGCUGUCCCACCACCUGAGGAGAUUCCAGAAGACAUUUAUGAUGUGCCACCAACAUUUCAAAAUGUGACACUAGAGGACGAGGAAGAUGAGGGGAUUUAUUCCAUGCCCUCUAACUUAAAACGGGUGUCUGGCCUUCAGAAUCUGUAUGAAGCUCCUGAAGAUAUUCUUAGUUGUGGCCACUUACCAGAACCUGUUGACCCACCUCAAACCCACCGUCUUUCAGUUUCCAGCACUGGCAGUACUCGAUCGGUAGAUUCUGGUGGAAGUAGAGAGUCGGGUCUGCCAUCCCUUCUGACUAGAGAUCUUCGUACUGAUGGGCUCUGUACAGUGGAGUCAUUGAGAGUGCAACAUCAGGAGCUACAAAGGACAAUGAUACUUGUGAGAGAUGGCCUUCAGGAAGGUGCAAGAAGAGGAUGCAUAGAAAAUCAAGAAACAGUUCAGGGUGUUGAAGUCCUUAAAGACUUUGUUGGAUUGGCACAAGUUGUUCUUCUCCACUCUUGCCAAGCCUCAGACCCAUCACUACAUCGAGAACUUUCUGGAUAUUUAGAGCAACUGGAACAUGCACUGCAGGCACUACAGGACGGUGGGGCCGAGUUUGUAACACUGACUCACUUAGUUCAGGAGCAAAGUGGGUGUAUUGUGGCACUGGUGACUGCAAAUGCAGCCCUUCUCUUCCCCCGACCUCGGCUGUCUUCUAGUGAAAGCCUUUCCCGACGGCCACUUCCUGCAAUACCCAUUGCUUCCCCUGCAUCACAUCGCAAGGGUAGCAUUCAGGAUCGACCUCUGCCACCACCACCUAUCCUUCAUCGAACCCCUAGUGAUCCUGGGGAGGAUGCCGACAGUGAAUACGAGAGAAUUCAGUGCAGAGACAAUCACUAUGUUCAUUUACAGGGUACAAAUGUGCAAACCACAUCAAAAUCCAAAGACCAACAGAAGACUGUGGAACAGAAACCUUUACCGGAGAGAAAGGUUGACACAUGCCCAGAACCAGCUGAAGAAGAUCUGCAUCUGCUUCGCUUUUAUGCAUCUCAAAGCCAUGGACAUCUACAGACCCUUCAAUCUUGUGUGAAUACCUUUCUUGGCAGCGCAACCUCUCAACCCCCACGAGUCUUUGUAGGACAUGGAAAGCAGUUGGUGAUCGCGGCACACAAGCUUGUGUUCAUUGGGGACACACUUGGUCGACUGCUUAGUUGCAACCAACUUCAAGCUAAGCUUGCCGGUGAAGGAGGUGCCCUCUGCCAAGCACUGAAGGAAGUGGUUCUAGCAACAAAGGAGGCUGCUGCCCUGUACCCAUCUCCUGCUGCACUCAAGGCUAUGGCAGUUAGCGUCUCUGUACUAUGCACCUGUGCCCGUAGCUUCACUGACCUCCUACAGAAGAUGGCAAGUUGAGGCACAGCCCCUUGGAUUUUGCUACAAAACGUUAUGGGUUAAGAACUGGAGUAAUACUAUCUAGAACGCUUUAGAGGCAAUGGAUAUUUUGUGGUUUAUUCCCCCCCCCCAUUUUUAAAUAUUUAUUUUGUAAUAAGACAAACUGUCUCUAGUGUAUUACUGAAAUACAUCACACAAA